CAAGGAAGUCUCUAACUGUUUUAAAAAAAUGUAUUCACUGAUAUGGUCUUGCUCGAAGGGUUGGUUAAUAGUGUUUUUUUGAUACCUACAGCAAUCUUAAAAGCAUAACUCGAUUUAAUCUCAGCUAGCCAUAUACAACAAUACACCAGAAAAAAGUUGUAGCAGUUUUUUUUACUUUAUUGGAGAUAGUUUACGCUAAAUACAAGGUCUUGAUGUAUGCAAACAUCUUUUAAUGUCGUAUCACAAGUUGGUCUUGGCCCGUCAAUUGACAGGGCAGUAUGUCAAAAGAUGGGCCACCUUGUUUAAAGAUGGUCCCUCCUGUCUUAAGACGGGCUGUGUUCCAAGUUGGGUUAGAAUACAUCUAUUAAGCAUGUUUUGGACAAUUUCAUUAUUCUUUUUAUUACUUAACACGAUUUGUGUGUUCAGGUCCAGGAAGACAUCAAGUAAUAAAAAUUCAUGCAGUGAUUUAAAUUUUAUUAUUUCACUUUAAGUCACUUAAUUUUAGUGAUUUUAAAGGGUUUUAAGUUUGCAAAACAAUGCAACAUGUGAAUUUUAUGCAAUUUUGUGUGGAGUUUAGCAUGCCAUGCCUAAUUAUACAAGUCACAUUGUUAAACCACAGGUGGUUACCCAAUUAGAUAUCAUGUAGGUUAACUGUGUGAAAGAACUUAUUGUUGCAAUUACAUUUAAAUCAUUUACGUUACAGAACAGCUUUCACCUGGAUUUGUGUUUUUCAUAGAAAUACCUGACCGAAUUUUAUUGCAUUUGAACAGUAAUAACUUAUAGUACCAAGCCCUCUGCCGUUGACUUUGUUGUUUUAAAUAAUGAAAGUCCAACAGAUAUUUUUAUAUGCGGUGAAAACUUAUUUAAAAAAAAAAAUACACAAAUCAGGCUCUUUAGCAAUAAAAAAUGACUGCAAAAUGAAAUAAAACCUCUUACAUCUGUAUUUACAGGAAAUUUAAUGUGUAUAUAUAUUGACAGUUACACUAUUUUCUUACAGAGAGAUGUUGGAAAUGGAUUGUAUGUUCUUGUUUUUAUUGACUUUGUACCAACAACAACAACAACAGUGGUAUAAGAAACAUUAUAAUGCCAAAACUAUUGACACUUAAUUCUGCAGUAUUGUUAAAAUUUUUAACCAUAAUUUACAAAAUUUAAAAUCCUAACUAAAAUAAUUGGAAAUUUUGAAUUUUAAACAUAUCAGAUUUGACGUUUUAUAGUGUUCCAUGCAGUAUUGUAUGAUCACUCAACCCAAUCUGACUGAUGAUGAUCAACUGAAAUCAAUGUAAACUUGGAGAUUUGGCUAAAAUCUAGCAUUGUUAAUAGAUAUUGUUAUAUCUGCUGUGUCUUUUUUAAUUGAAUUCUAUACAUAUUUAUUUACAUUUUUAUAGCAAUAUGACAUUGAGAAUUUGGUUGUCUUUUUGUAAACUUAUUCAAAGACAAACAUAUACAUGUUUAUCAACUAAUUUUGGUAUAUGGUGUGCGUUGGCUGCGUUCUGUGUCAUAAUUGUUGCAGCAUUUCAUUUUGGCGAAGUUGCAUUACAAUGGAGUAUGAUUCGCUAUGCUGGCAAAUUUCAAUUUGUUCGCCGUUAUGACAACAUUGCUGGCAAAUCGUUUGAAUAUCGGCUAUGCUUGCCACAGCCAAUAGAUUUAGUAUAUACAUGGGUAAACGGAAGUGACCCGAAACUAAUAAUGGCGUUAAACAGUGUCAAGAAAAAAUUACGUGAAGAAUUAAAUGUAACCUCUGGAAAGAUGUAUGCAUCUAGUAAGUGGCGAGAAAAGUUGAUCAAUUUAGAAAAAUAUAAGUGGAAGAAUUCUGUUAUCUGCCCUGUUCCUAACUGUGUUCCUGCAUUCAAACUUGCUAUAUCUGGCUUACCAAAAAGUAUAUCAAUGACUGAAUUGAUUCUUAUAGAUUCAACGUUUUCCUCAGCAAAAGACAUAUAUACAUGGGAUGAUGACUUGGAUAUUAUAUUUGUGACUUUCAAAUCACGUGAAAAAAUCCAUAAGUUGAUGAAUACUACUUUAAAGCAUAAGAAAACUAAGUUGAAGGUGACAGAAGUUUUUUAUACAAGCACAAUAAAAAGUGGUCAUAAGAGAAUACAUGAUGCUUUAAUGAUGUAUGAUGUUACAAAAAAUGAUACAGAAAAUGUAGUUAAGGAUUCUAUUCAUUCAAGACUUCCAAACUCUAUAACAAGUGUCUCAUUGUAUUUAGAGGAGGAAGUUAGUGUUAUACAUUUCAAAGAAAAGAAAUUUGUUACAACGUUAAAAGCUCUGGCUAAGAAAAACUUUAUUAUAAAUAAAAGAAAGGCUAGGUUUUUCCCGGUUACUUAUAUCUGGAAGCCGAUUUCGAUUUCUCUUGACACCGAAGAUGAAGAUGCAUCAAGUAACAGAUUUGCCGACAAUGAAGAGUUGAAGUAUUCACUUAGAUCAGUUGAAAAAUAUGCACCAUGGAUAAGAAAGAUAUUUAUAGUAACUAAUGGUCAAAUUCCAAGUUGGUUAGAUUUAGACCAUCCAAGAAUAUCGAUUGUCACACAUAAGGAGAUAUUUGCAAAUAAAAGCCACCUGCCAACAUUUUCCUCACCAGCUAUUGAAACGAACAUUCACCGCAUACCAGGACUUUCAAAGAAAUUUAUAUACAUGAAUGAUGAUGUCUUUUUUGGUGCUGAAGUGUGGCCUGAUGAUUUUUACACGCAUUCUAAAGGUCAUAAAAUAUUUCUAUCGUGGUCGGUACCCAACUGUAAUGAGGGAUGUCCAGCGUCUUGGCUGAGUGACAAGUACUGUGAUAAAUCCUGCAAUGUAUCUGCAUGCGAUUGGGAUGGUGGAGAUUGUGUAGGACCGAAUGCCAAAACAAACUGGCAGUUGCAAGCUAUGCAAAGUUCAGGUCUUUAUCCAAAUAAUUUUGGUGAGUAUUGCUCAAGUGGGUGUGCACCAAACUGGAUAGGUGACAGAUACUGUGAUGCUAAUUGCAAUACCCCAUUGUGUGGUUUCGAUGCUGGCGAUUGUAACGCAGCAAAUUUAAAGCUUUUACAUUCCGUUUCGUUUUCGAAAGAUGUAUUCAGGGAAGCUAAAAAAGUUGUUGAAGUUCCAAAAAACACCUAUGCCAUGUUUAUAAAUCUAACUAAUGCGUUUGAUGUUGUUAUUGAAGGGAAUCAUAAGGACAGUCCUGUCUUAAGAUCAGCAGUUUUUUCGAAGAAGUUAAAAAUAUUAUCGUUAACGUUUUUCAAGAAUUAUACUUUAACAAGCAUUCCAUUUCAAGUGUUGGGCUACAAGGGUGCUAAUGAAACAGGAAAAGCUGUUCUCUUUUUCAACGUCUCUGUAGACACUCUUACAACUACUGUUAGAAAUGAGAACAUUGCAACAACCACGACAAUGAUUACGUAUCCAAAAAAUGUUUACAACGAAAGCGAUUUUAUAUUAUCAAAACGAAACGCUUCGGUGCCUUUGUUAAUAUUUUAUCCUAAGAAUUUAGCAAAUUUGUCCAUGCCUGAUUAUUUGUUGGAGAGAUUAAGUGUGUUGGAAGAAGAGUAUACCGAUGGUGAGAUUACAGAGCUUGGGUACAACAAAAGUAAAAGUCUGAUAUAUCAAGAUUACUUGCUUCAUGCAAAGUCUGAACAUACCAACCGCAAGUUAUUAUGGGAUGCAGAAAGUUCUCCACCCAAUCACGAGCUAACCAACCCUUAUACCUCAUUUUUUACUUUUUUGCCAUGGGAGAAAAAUCAUUUCUUACACGAAAUAAAUCAAUUAUACCAACGAAAAGGUCUAAUGGACAAGUAUAAAGUUGCACGAGUCAAUAGAAGACGUCUCUUCGACGCAUUUUCAUCAUCUUUACUCCACGUUAGUCGGAUUUACAAUCGGGAAUUUGGCUACCAUCCGAGAAAAGUUCCCGCGCAUAUGCCGCACAUGGUGGAUCGGGACGUCAUUUAUGAAAUGCAAAACCGCUUCUCAAAAUAUUUCGAGGCGACGUCGUCUCACAAGGUCCGGCAUCCACAAGACAUGCAGUUUGCGUUCUCAUUUAAUUAUUAUUUGAUUGGUGUAAAGAAACCUGCAAACUUGUCGUCUGUGUUUGAUGAAGUGGACACAGAUCAUUCAGGCACACUUUCUGAUCGUGAGUUACGGAGCUUGGCCGCCAUCUUGUACGAAUUACCGUUAAAUUUAAAAGCUAUUCAUGACAUUGAAGGCAAAUUACGGAAUUGUUCAAACCGAGUAAAAACAAAACAGAAAGUUCGCGGGAAACAAGAGCAUUACUUCAACCCAUCGAUGCCGCUCGUUACAAAAGCGUUAUUUAUGAAUUGCCACGAGCUGUGGCGAACUGCAAACGUAACGACGAGCGAUAAACAAAAAUAUAAACACGAGAUUGUCGGCGAGGACGACGUCACAUUCAAAAUGAUUCGAAAUAAUGUAAGUUUUGUUUUGUAUCAACUCGAUUGGGUUCGAAAAAAUCGAAGAAAAUUCGUGUGUUUAAAUGAUGAUUUGGAUCACGCGAAAGAAGAAACGAAAACGAUACGAACUAUUUUAAAAGAUUUCUACGAAUCGUUGUUUCCCAUUCCGUCUCAAUUCGAGCUUCCGUCGAAUUAUCGAAACUCAUUCUUGCAUAAGCAAGAUUUGGAACUUUUUGUACAAAACGAGAAAAAUAAAGAAACAGCCGUGAAAUUUAUUUUCAUAUUGUUUCUGUUAUUGCUGUUUUUGUAUUUAUACCGACGUAAAUUUCGUUUUAUAUGCAAAAGAAUCGCCCGAUUUUUAUCGGGUUUUAGACGCACUGCGGAAAGUGUGAGAAAUAUUUAAGCUUAGAUAAUUUUUACAAAUUUAUUUAUUGUAUGCUCAUGCUUUUUUGAUGCAAAAUAUAUUUUAUUUGUUAUUAUAUAUUUUGAACAGAGCAAGCAUCUCUUUUUUUAUUUUUUUUAAAUAAUGAGUUACAACGCAUAAAAUCUUAUCAAAAUACCAACGCUGUUUUGUGUUAAUAUGUUUUAAUUAUUUUUUUGUAGUUUAUUUUUUAUUUCGCGUAUCAUCUUGACUUUUACUAGAAAAAGAUCUUCAAAUUUUAGUUCUGUAAUAUUUGAAUUUGAUAUGAUCGUUAGAUUUGGACGUGUGUAUUGAAUACAUUAAAAAUAACCUCUUAACAGUAAUAACGAUGUCGAAUAUGUUGAUUAAUUUACAUGUUAGUUUUACGUGGCAAAUUGUGGAAAUUGGUGAUAGUGCAUUUUGAAUUCAUGUAAAAUAAAAAGAAAUAAAAUUAAAUCUCCAUAUUUAUGAUUGAGUUUA